UAUAUUCUGAGCAUUUCUGCUGCAGAGAACACAAACCUUUUGAUAUCAGGUAAGUAAACAUACCUAAUAUAUACCUAUUUUUUUCUUGCCUAUUCACCUAUUUAUCUUAGAAUUACGGCAGCAGCAUUCUCGCUCAAUACUGGGGCAUUUUCAAAAAUUGCUGUCAGCAUUAGUCCCUUGUACAAAAUAAGCAGAAAACAUGCUCCAGGUUGAAAAGUCCUGAAAUGUUCUGAUAUGUUGAAUGUUAUAAAAGAUAAUGCAUGUGUCCGGAUUAUACUCAACACAUUUUUUGGGGGACGAAUCAAUUGUUCUGCUGAUUGCUGUAGAUACUAUUUACCAACAAAGAAGGUUUCUUCUAUUUCUCUUCUCUAUUACAGCAAUUUUCUACCAAAACAUUGAAUCUUCCUGGGAACAUGGGCCCCUCUUCUUUGUUUUGGCUUCUGCUGUUGAGUCCAAUUUUCCACUUAACAGUAUCAACUGAACUGAGAAAGUUUGUGUCAAGGCCAAACUAUGUGAAAAAGAAUUGGGAUGAAACACUAAAGGAGUGUGAGAAGGAAUAUAAUUCUCAUCUCGUGACUUUACACAAUCGUUAUGAUUUAAAAAUGAUUCAAGACAUGGUGGUUUCAAACACGUUCCUUCUUGGUGUCCAUCUUGGUCUUCAUGAAAAGUCAAAUUCAAGCGAAUGGUCAAAUGGAGAAAAAAUGACGAACUGGACAACAGAUGGGAAUGUAGCCCAUGAGCAAAGAUGCGUGGCGAUUCACAACAAAAGAUGGAGUAACCAUCCAUGCAAUGAAACAAUGUAUUUCAUGUGCUACAAUGCAACUGAAUACCAGCUCAUUGAACAGGAGAAAGAUUGGUGUGAAGCCCGCCUGUUCUGCAGGAAGCAUUUCACUGACCUGGUCAGCAUCAACACCAACACACAGAAUGAGAAGGCCCUCAGAAGAGGAGCCAACAGGGCCUUCUGGAUCGGACUGAAGCAUGAUAACUACGAGUGGGAAGACGGACAGUGCUCCACAUUCAGGGAGGGAAUUCCCCCCAAAAUGAAAAGCAAGGAAUGUGCUUCUCUGGGAUUACAGUUCGGAUUUCUUUUAGGCAGUUGUGGUAAUAGAAAGAAUAUUAUAUGCAUGCAAGGAGAUACCAGAAUCACCGUCCCCACUGACCCCCUAACCUGGGAAGAGGCCUACGACUACUGCAAGGAGAACCACGACGGACUUCUGUUCAUCAGGGAUCAAGAUGAGCAAAGCGAAGUCAAAAAAUGGCUCAACGUGACUGGGGUUCCUGGACCGGUCUGGCUCGGUCUGAGACAGAGUAGAGCGUUUGGGUUCUGGUUCUGGUCCACCAUCGACCAGGUGGUGAACGUUACCAACUGGAAGAAUAACACAGCACCCGAGCUGCCUCUCUCCUACCACUGUGGUGCCAUCGAGGCCGGAGGCAGGUGGAGGGAUGUGAACUGCCAAACCAAGCUACCUGCUCUUUGCAUUGAGGACAUGGACAAAAAAAUGACCUUAUCUUCUUGUGACGAUGUUAAAUUGAAAAAAAAAAAAGACACAAGUUGUCCCUGAGCAAGACCCCUCACCCUAACUGCUCCUGACGAGCUGGCGGUCUCCUUGUGGGGUUGACACCGCUGUCGGUGUGUGAAUGCGUGCAUGAAUGGUUGUAAGUCGCUUCAGUCUGCUUAACACCCUAAAUAGAAUAUAAAAACAAUGCUUGUAUUGCAUAAUCUGAUAUCGUUUUAUAUUUAAGUAUUUGUUUAGCCACAGUUUCCAGAUACAAUUUGGAUGAAGGGCAUAAUUAAAAGCAGCAGGGAAAUAUUUUAUUCAAUGUUCACCUCUUUGUUUUUUUUAACUUUGGGAGCUGGGAACGGAGAAAACAUUGUACACUUCACAUCGGAGCCGCCCCCUCACACAAGCCAGUCUCUUAACUGAACACACAAUCUCUGGACUCCACGACAGGACAGGCAACGCUUGUUCUUUUGAUAGGAGGAUCAGGAAGUGAGCCUCCUCGAGUCGUAGUUCACUCGGCUGCAAGUGAAUGUAACGCCUAUCUGCGUGCUUAGGUUUAAAACCGUUCUGUUAAAUGUACUGCUUAACGGCAGGUUGACAGGGUUACCCUCGAUCCAGCGCAUGGUUUUGGGUCCGGUUACAGUUUUGAGAUGUAUGCAAAUAAACAUUCAAUCCCCUUUCUUUAA